AUGCUUGAGGAGGAUCUCGAAGAAGAACAAGGGGGAGCCCAUGACGUUGGACCCGACGAGUACACUGGUACCGGCUAUGAGUUUGAGGGGUCUGAAGAAAACCCCGAAGGAGACCCUAUCAUGGGUCGGGAGGUGGGACUCGAAGUGGAACCGGAAGAGUAUGUGGUAAAUGAUUACGAAUAUGGAGAAUCUGACCAGGAGUUAGAUGAAGGAAAGAACGUUGAGGAGGCACGCAAUGAACCCCACCUAUCGAAAGCCCCAUCAGAUCUACGCAUGGUUCAGAAGGGUGAUACAGACCAUCUACGCUCUCUUGAGGAAGAAAUAAUCAGCCUCAGGCUUUAA